UCUCUAAAGAUGCAUCAGAUGUCGAAAGAUUUCUGAAAAUGAGACUCAUUGGAUCGGUUGAGGCUAAUGAUCAUAUGCUUCAGUUCCCCGCCAAGAGUUCAAAUAUAGAAGUCAUAUAUCUCCCGAUAGAACUACCCGGCAAUAUCGAGAGACUGGUGCUUAAACGCAACAAAGAUCUGCCAUCUGAUCCAGACUCGGAAGACGUAUACUAUUUCUCAAAAAUUGACAAAUAUCUCGAUCGACCAAUAAAUCUAAGACAUUUAACAUAUCCCGAAUAUUAUAAAGAUUACACAUUGAGAUCAGCACAACAUUUUAGUUGUGUUGGUAAAGAUGAUGACUGUUCGGAUAUAGAAGAAAGUGAAGAACAAAAACGAACGGUAGUAAAGCGCAAACACUCUGCAGUCAUUCGGUAUCCGUUUCUCUUGCCAAGUAAUCUCCAUGCAUUAAUAUCGGAAGAGAUCACUGAAGGCACAUAUAUGAAUGAAUGUAUGAUAAGAAAUCUCUGGGAUCACGACUCAGCACUUGACUUUCUCGCAAACGCAGCGACAAUGACUUUCAGCAAAGAGAAACUGAUGAAAAUUGCCGGAGAAAUGAUGAAUAACAAUUAUAUUACGGCUUUAGAUUUAGAACAAUUUGUAGGAACACUAGAAAUUCGAGACCCACAUCUAAGAGAUUUCACGGAUGAACACGAAAUCGAAGAUGACGAUAAAGAAAUUGAUGUGAAUUAUCCUGUUCAACAGAUUGUUCACAAACCACUUCAAUAUUAUAUCGACUCAUUUAACAAAGAACAGGGACAGAUAUUUGAUACAAUUCGCGAGUCAUUCAAUGAAGGCAAACAGAUGUGUGCUUGUAUUGUUGGACCUGCAGGCACUGGAAAGAGUCAUCUGUUGCAAGGAUUGUGCGCAUUAAUAAAAGAACUAGACAUUGGUGCGUUUCAAAUACUUGCACCGACAGGUUCAGCCGCACAUCUCAUUCAGCCGUUUGGUGGAAAGCACAUCAUUCUCUUCGGAGAUCCGGCCCAACUCCCCACUCGAUAUCACGAUCACAUAUAUUGUAAAGAUAUAUUUAGACACUUUAACAUAUUUGUAUUGCAAGAAAUUGUGCGUCAAGACAACAAAGAAUUUGCUCAAAUGUUACGAGAAGUUCGGUUGGGCCAUCGUACGAAAGAAGUGGUCGCAUAUUUCAAACAACGAAUGGUUAACGAUUAUGAUAUUAACGAAAUAAUUAAUAAAAAUCUACACGUUAUUGUGUCUCUUUGCAAAAAGAGAGAUGAUAUUAAUAAUAAAAUAUUAAACGCAUUGCCUGGUGAUUUCAAAGAAUACAGGGCUCAUGACACUAAUGGCCACCACAAAACAAUCGAAUGUGAGUUGGAGAAAAUGCAAAUCGAAAAUAUUUCUGACAAAUUACCAACUGUUUUGAAAUUCAAAGUUGGAGCUAUUGUUAUUCUUCGCCGCAAUUUAAACACCGCUGCGGGACAUGUCAACGGAAGGGUUGCAAAAGUUAAAGUAAUGGGAGAGCGAUAUGUAAUCAUCACAACACUCGACGAACCAAUCGAAGACAUACCAAUUACUCCGAUCAGACAAUAUCUGGAGUAUUGCGGUCAAGAAGACCGGUUUAUUAGAGAACAAUUACCGCUCGAACUGGGAUGGGCUGUAACAAUACACCGAGUACAGGGUAUGACACUCGACGACGUG